AUGGAUGGGCUGGUGGGAGGUGUGGGUACCCCCAGUAGCACCGGGGGAUCUGGGGGUGACAGCCUCCCCAGACGCAAAGGAGGGGACUCGAAGCGGCGCAGUAAGAGCAGCCUGCCCUCUCCGGGUUACAGGCUGUCCCAGGCCUCGCUGGAAGGGGAGAGGGGCUCCUUCGGGGCGGACAGCACCUCCUCAGGUGGACGUGGCCGUCGCCCCUCCAUCAUGAGCUCCUCCACCAGGGAUGGCCUUCCCUUCCGGACAGCAGGCACCCCGACCACCCCGGUGCCCCUGCCGCCCCCGCCCUCCUCCUCCUCUGCCACAGCCCAUCCUCCCCCGCGCUCAGUAGGCUUCGCCUCGACCCGCGCCGCCCUGACCUCCACUUCCUCCACGGGGACCGGAGUGAUGGUGGUGGCCACCGGCCCAGAGACCACGACCACCACCACUUGUAACAGCACUGCUGCAGGGUCCCCUGAGAUGAUGGCUCAGUUUGGACUGGGAGGUUUUGGCAUGGGGCUGGAUGGAGAGGACUACAGCACCUCCAACCAGAGCACCUUCAUCCAGAGACAGUUCGGAGCCAUGCUUCAGCCGGGGGUCAACAAGUUCAGCCUGCGCAUGUUUGGAUCCCACAAAGCCGUGGCACUGGAGCAGGAGAGACUGAAAUCAGCAGGCUCUUGGAUCAUACACCCAUACAGUGACUUCAGAUUCUACUGGGACUUGUUGAUGCUAAUGUUGAUGAUGGGGAACUUAAUCAUCCUGCCAGUGGGCAUCACUUUCUUUAGAGAUGAGAACACUCCCUCCUGGAUCAUCUUCAACGUGGUCUCUGACACUCUCUUCAUGGUCGACUUGGUCCUCAACUUCAGGACCGGAAUAAUCAAGGAGGACAACACUGAGAUAUUACUGGACCCCAGAGCGAUCCGAGAGAACUACCUGAAGAACUGGUUCCUGGUGGACUUUGUGUCAUCCAUCCCGGUAGACUACAUCUUCCUUAUGGUGGACAGUCUCGACUCAGAGGUCUACCGGACAGCCCGGGCGCUGCGCAUCGUCCGCUUCACCAAAAUCCUGAGCCUGCUUCGACUGCUCCGCCUGUCCAGACUCAUCCGCUACAUCCACCAGUGGGAGGAGAUCUUCCAUAUGACCUAUGACCUUGCCAGUGCCAUGGUGAGGAUAGUUAACCUUAUUGGUAUGAUGCUGCUGCUGUGCCACUGGGACGGCUGUCUCCAGUUCCUGGUCCCCAUGCUGCAGGACUUCCCUCCUGACUGUUGGGUUUCCAAGAACCUGAUGGUGAAUGACACAUGGGGCAUACAGUACUCCUAUGCUCUGUUCAAAGCCAUGAGCCACAUGUUGUGUAUCGGGUACGGUGCCCAGGCUCCAGAAGGGAUGACUGAUGUGUGGCUCACCAUGCUCAGUAUGAUCGUCGGUGCAACCUGCUAUGCCAUGUUCAUCGGCCACGCCACCGCUCUCAUACAGUCGCUGGACUCCUCACGGCGACAAUACCAGGAAAAGUACAAGCAGGUGGAGCAGUACAUGUCGUUCCAUAAGCUUCCUGCAGACCUCCGGCAAAAGAUCCACGAGUACUAUGAGCACCGCUUCCAGGGGAAAAUGUUUGAUGAGGAGAACAUCCUGGGAGAACUCAGCGAGCCGCUUAAAGAGGAGAUAGUAAGCUUUAACUGCCGCAGCCUGGUGGCUAACAUGCCGCUGUUCGCCAACGCUGAUCCCAACUUUGUGACUGCUGUGCUGACCAAGCUCCGAUUUGAAGUGUUUCAGCCUUCAGACUUCAUCAUCCGCGAGGGCACAGUUGGACGGAAGAUGUACUUUAUCCAGCAUGGGCGAGUCAGUGUGCUGGCCCGUGGCAACAAGGAAACCAAGCUGAGCGAUGGGUCCUACUUUGGAGAGAUCUGUUUGUUGACUCAUGGACGGAGGACAGCCAGCGUCCGUGCAGAUACAUACUGCCGCCUGUACUCUCUCAGUGUGGACAGCUUUAACGAGGUGCUGGAGGAACAUCCGAUGAUGAGGCGUGCCUUCGAAACUGUAGCUGUUGACCGAUUGGACCGAAUCGGCAGGAAGAACUCUAUGCUCCUGCGGAAGUCAUCCCAAGGCGGUUCUCUGGGGGGCAGUAUGGGUCGUGGUGGAGGUCGUGGUGGAGGGGGUCCAGGAGCCGGAGGAAGCCUGGCAGCCGGUACGCUGGGUUCCUGUGACAGCAUGCUGGUGCAGCAGAUUGUCAAACACGAUAGCAUGCCGGCCAUGCAGGAUGCCAUUGCAGCUGCUGCUGCAGGAAGAAGUGGAGUCAUUGGAGGAAGUGGCACCGUGUCUCCUCGGCCACGCCCGGUCAUCUGGGCGCCGCUGGUCCACGCCCCUCUGCAGACUGCUGCUGCCACCAGUAAUGUAGCCAUCGCCCUCAUGCACCAUCAGCAACAACAGCAACAGCAGCUGCAGCAGCUUCAGCAGCAGCAUGCACUUGGAGGUGCUUUCUUCCUGCCCUCCCCACUUGUCUCUCCCUCUCCCUCCUCCACUUUCCCUCUGUCUCCCCCUCGUCCUCCUGUGUUGCAGCCCCUUCGCCCCUCUGUGAGCUCUCUCAUUGGGAUGAUGACGAUGGGAGGGUUGGGAGGAAUGGGAGGGAUAGGAGGGAUGGGUGGUUUGUCCCCAAGAGGAUUUCCUGCCUCUCCCUCAUCCAUGGGUCCUCUUGGUGGGCUGACAUCGCCCCCUGUUGCUAAAACACCAUCCACACCCGCCUCCUCUGUGCCGACGUCUGUCCAACAAGGAAGGAGUCUUCAUUACAACCUCCGCCUCGCGGCUGAUCAUCCCUCAAUGAUUGCUGGAUCACCAGGUGGAGGGCCACAAACUCCACCCCUCCACAAGGUACCUGCCGCCAACCCUCCUGCUGCUUGUGGCGCCCAGUCAGACUGCAAUACCUUUGUGAUGGGCCAGCAGGGAGCAAAAGAGGCUCUGUUACGUCAUGGAGGAAACAGCUCUCAGGGUCUGCCAGCACUUGGCAGACUCACCCAGGAGGCCAGGCUGCUGUCGGCCUCGCAGCCCACUCUGCCUCACCGCUCCUGGGCUGGAGUGCAGCCUCACCCGCCUCUCCACAGGAAGGCCUCUGGUGGUAAUUUGCUGGCGGCUCCUUUCCUGGCGGGGCAGUUGGCUAGGGGAGGCAGCGCAGGUAUCCUGAGCUGUAACACUCCAGUACAGCUGCUGACGAAUAUACCGUUUAAUGCACAAGCACAGGCUGCAGUUCCUAUUCAGGCUGCACUGUCACACAAUCUGCCCGCCCAUGCUGCCCCUCACGCUGCCUCUGUGUCCACACCUACAGCUGCAUACAUGCCUUCUGCAGCUUCUCUGCCAUCUCCCCCCCCUCCAAAGCAGAUUUCGCUCUCCUCUUCCACCCCUUCAGCUGCACCCACUCCCCUCCUGUCUCCUACACCUAUACUCCCCCAGACACUUCGUCCUAAACCAAUCCCAAUGCCCCCCUCUCGCUCCUCCUCUCCUCCUCCCUGCUCCACCCCACCUUCAGCAGGGACAAAACCGCUGUCGCUCUCAUCAACUCCACGUCCCAAACCAAUCCCUUCACCCUCUCCCCGCUCCUCCUCUCCCUCUCCUUCCUCCACACCGCCUCCAUCUUCUGUUUUUGCCCCUGUUCCAAUACCUCAAACUUACGGGCCCAAGUCCUCUUUUACCUCCUCUCCUCCCCCUUCCUCCUCGUUCACUUCUAUCCCACCACGUCCCCAGAGCCCCCGAGCCAAGGCAUCCAACACACCUCCUUCUCCGUCUCCGUUGUCGGGCCCCAGUCCCGCCCCAACACCAAUACCUUCUCCGAUACAGACUCCCACUCAGACCACCUGCUCUCGCACUUCUACCCCCGCCCAAACUCCUACACAAACCCUGACACCUGUUACUCCUACCCAGACCCUAACCCCUACAACUUCCCCCCCUCACAUCCCUGUUACUCCUGUUCCCUCACUAAGUAAAUCCCCAAGUCCAACCCCUUGUCUCCAGCCCUCUGUCCCUACUUUAGCCAGAGGACCAACCUUGAGCCAGAUCCCAAAACAGACCCCAACCCAAACUGCAUCUCCUUCACCUACACCAGCUAACACUAGCUCUCAAAGGAAAAUAACUUUCUCAGUUCAUCCUGUAAAGCAAACCCCACCUGUCCUUACUCCAACCCCCACUUCAGGCUCUGGUUACUCCACCAAACCAACCCAAGCUAAAACCUCAUCCUCAACACCUUUAUGCCCAAACCCAAGCUCCGCUAACCCCUCAUCUCUUACUACAACCUUUCCCUCCACCACCAUCUCCUCUAGUUUACAAUCUGCUUCUGCUCAACCACAGAAACAAAUGCCAACCACCACAGCUGCCCCUAACAUCUCAAAACUCAAUACACCCUCUACCCCUGUCCAGACAUCCACCACUACAUCCACCCAGUCAACACAUGCAGCAACCCCUGCCAACACCACCUCCCCUAAAGGUGGGAAAAAAGACCUUCAGCUGUCAAUCGAUAAAAAAGACCCAGAGGGACUAAGACACAAACUGCCCCCCAACAUGUAA